UGCUGGGCCCACAGUGUGACCUGGGUCCCUGUACGGCCUCCCAUUGCUUCCACUCUGCCAUGUGCCACUUUGAAAUCUCCUCACACUCCUGCGGUUGUCCAUUUUGUCAUAGGUUGCUGGCAGAUUACAGGCCUUCCAUAGGUGCCACCAAGCCCCAAAUCGGCCAUGGGCCCCCGUACCGCCUGGUCACGCUGCUGCUGGUCCCACAGUGUGACCUGGGUCCCUGUGUACCGCCUCCCAUUGCUCCCACUCUGCCAUUGUGCCACUUUCAGGUCUCCUCACGCUCCUGCUGGUUUCCAUUUUGUCAUAGGUUGCUGUAUGGCCUCCCAUUGCUGCUGGCUCCACCGCCACCACUGUGGCUCCAAACACUGGUUUUGGCCCCGUGACUGGCCAAAGGAGUGA